GUAUCUGGACGUGAUGAUCAAGGUUAUCCAAUACAACGUUGUUCUAAAAUAGCUCUGUCAUCUAGACAACCACAACAGAUUGUUGUAACAUGUCCAGCACAAAUUGAUGUUCGACGUGGAGCUACAGCUGAAUUAUCAUGUUCUGUAACAAGUGAAAUACCAUAUACAGUGAAAUGGUUUAAAGAUAAACAAUUAAUUACAGGAUAUUCUGAUGAAAAUAAAGUUUAUAAUUUCCCAACUAAUGUUGUAUAUACAAUAACUGAUGUAAAUGAAGAAUCACAUGGAAUUUAUUCUGUUGAAGUAAUACCUACUGUUACUGAUGAUGAGAAAAAAAUGCAAGGACAAUAUCAAGAUGAAAUAUCGGUGAUUAUUUUAC